AUGAGGAGCCUAAUUGAAGUCACCAAGAAUAUAACUCUACACUCGAAGGAAUUCAGCAAUGACGACUGCGGACUCCUCACAUUGCUUAAUAGAUGGCGGCAACGGCGUAAACUAAUGAAAAUAACCAGAAUGUUUAUCCCACUUUUCCUGAGCAGACCGCAGGGGAUAUGGAAUUCUCGUUGGAGGAUCCUUGGCAAGUUCCUGGUCGCUUCUCUGACCGACUCCUUUCAAAUGGCAAUCUUCUUGGAAGCUAUUGGCCGUGUGGAUUCCACUUUAUUCCUGGGCAUGGCAUUGCAGUUUUGGAUGUCCAGUAUUCUCAAUCUGGCAAUAGCUCAGCAUUUUCUAGUGACACUAUUUGUUAGAGCGGAUUAUCAGUUGCUUAAUAUUGAGUUGCGAGAAGUGAUCGAGGAAUCCAAGGACUUGAGCUAUUAUCAAAAACGAAGGGGAGCCUUUAUGACCAGAUGUUGUUACCUGGCGGAUCAAGUGGAGGAUAUAGCCAGGGUUCAGGAUGAGCUCCAGUUAAUUCUGAAGCAUUUGUAUGAAGUCUUUGAUAUUCAGGGAUUGAUCGUUUAUGUCGGCUAUUAUUUAUCUUUUGUGGCCACAACUUACCUGACCUACAGUGCCUUUAAAUAUGGUUAUACUGAGCUGGGAAUGACCUUGAAAUCGAUUACCUUGGCCUUAAUAUGGUGCAUCUUUUACUACCUGGAUGCCAUCUAUAAUUUUUUCACAACUUUAAGUGUUCAGGAUGGGCACAGGAAAAUGAUUCGUUUGUUGGAGGAACGAACUUUAUUCGCCUCUGGUUUGGAUGUACGCCUAGAGCAGUCUGUAAGUUUUUAUUGA